CAUUCUGUUCUAGAUUUCCCGAUAGUUCAAAUCAGAGGUAAAGACCCCGAACCGAAUCAAAACGAAAAACUAAAGUCCUCUGAAAACAAACAACGCUAGUUCCAAGACCCCAUCCAACUAGAACUAAGCUGAAUUCUACGUAGUCGCUGUAAUACACCGCCACCUUCAUCUACAGCACGAUUUCGUAUUCGACCGGAGUCAGUAAGUUGUACGAACUAUUUGCAGACCAAUCUCGAUGUCUCCGCAAAUAGAUAAUGCUUAAGCUACCAAAAGGCCUAAAAAAGAAAAAGAAGAAGUCGAAAAAGGAUCAGGAGCUCUUCACCGAGGAGGAGCUCGAGCAGUACAAGCGCGACCUAAAGGCCAAACAGGAGGCGGCGGCCACAAAAUCGGACGCCGGCGAAUCCGACGGAGCGUCAUCAGACGUUGAGGCCCACCACGAGCCAGUAGCCUUUAACUCAGGAUUAGGCUCGGGAUCAUCCUCUAGCAUCCUCAACGCCCAACAACAGUUAUCGGAUCAAAAUCAGGGGGCUGCCGGCGGCGACGAGGAGUGGGCCAAAUUUAAGGCACUAACAUCAGGCGUCGAUAGCAUUCUACAUAAAACCCAGGACGAGCUCGAUCGGAUCAAGAAGGAGUCAUUUUACCAGCGCCUGCCCUCUGCCGCUGAAAAAAAGAAACAAAAGGAGGAGGAGGCCGCUCGCCUUGAAGCCGAGCAGCAGGAGCGGGAAAAACAGCGCCUUGGGCAGAUCGAGGCCCAACGGGACAAGUUAGCUGAGGCGGUUGUUCAGUUAUCUGAAUCAGAGGAGGAGGCAGGCGAUUACGAGGCCGAUGACAUCUUUGCCACCGACUACAUUGAGGCUAUCACCAGUGGCGAGCUCCAACUAGCCGUUGUACCAGAUUCCCCCGUCCUUGCCGAAGACGGACCCGAUCCCUUUGACACCGCAUACGCGGAGAAGGUUAUUGUUGGUGCCGAUCGAGCAAAGGGCAACAAGAAACUAGUGAGUCUUGGUGCAGCCGUUGAGGUUUUAUCCGGUCGCGUGGACCGAGAGCACGCUGUCGCCCUAGCGAAUCCCAAGCGGAAGUUAAGGAAGGGUAUCCAGAACCUACUUCUGAGUGAAAGCAUAGAGCUAGCUGAUUCAGAAGCGGAACUUCUGGCUGCCACUUCGAACGCCGAGCCGCAGCAUAAUUUGCUCGACGACCUCGACGAGGAACUAUCCGAGUCAUCGGUUCCCAUUGAUCUCAGUGUCUCCUUGCAUUUGCACUUGAUUAAGCACAAGCAGCCCGUAGAGGAGGAGGAAGAGCUCGAGCAGAAGGGUCGGGAAAAUCAGCUUCUUAACCCGGAUCUAUCUGAAUUCGAUUCACUCAAAGACGAGGAGGACGACGAGUUCGCCGAACUAGCCGCGGAAUCGCUGACCAAAAAGGAAGAGGUUACUGUAGUUAGCCAGGUUGUUUUGCCUGUCGCGCAGCUGCCCACUGAAGCCUUUGAAGCAGGCAGUUGGGCCGAAUUUGAAGAGCAAUCGGGCCAAGAACCAGGAAAACCAAAGCGUCCGCCACCACCAGUCCGUCCGCCUACAGGACCCCACAUUGUGCCCGGAGCGAUUUACGUGUCGGAGGACGAGGAGGAGAAUCCGGAAGACGACCCCUUCAACACCAACUACGCAGAGCAAGUGAUUAAGAAGACCACUGUACUUGAGGAAGACGACGACUUUGAUCCGCGUGCGGAGGAACACGCCACCGAGCCACCCUUUUUAGCAGCUCCACAACGCGAUCUUCUCGCUGGUAGUGCUACCGACCUCAGUCAGGUGGUUCCCGCGCCCUUGGCGCCGACUUUAAGUGUCGACCAAGAGGCAGAGGACUUUGAUCCCUUCGAUACAUCGGCCGUAUCGGCUCUGGUGCAACCCAAGUCCACGGAACUACGGUUUCUGGAGCGCGAGCUCCUUAACUAUUCGGGCUUAGACGGAGUAACCCUCAAGCACUCCCUGAGUGACCAAGACUUUGAUCCACGAGCGGAUCAAAAAGAACCAGCAGCACCGCAAGUAAAAUUAGAGCAAAAAGAGACGGAUUUCGAUACAGCCCAACGAAAGUCCUCUCUGAGUCUAAACAUACAGGCCAAGAGUGUUGGCUUCCUGGUACCGGCAUCAGAUCUUCUCGGAGCGGGUAAUGAAUUGGGAGCUAGUAAGAAGCCACUGACGCCGUACUACGCGCCAUCUGACAAUCGUUUGCAGGAGCGUGAACGAGAAGCUGAGGACGUUGACCCCUUCGAUACGUCACAUGUGCCUGAGGCAAAACUCAGCGAUAUAGAGCUGAAGCAUAUUGAAAAGGAUUUGAUCUCCGUACCCGCCAAUCUACGGCACAGCCUUUCCGACCCAGAUUUUGAUCCCCGUGCUCCACCUACUCCGGUUCCAGCUGAAGUCUUACUGGCCGUCGAGGAGAAUAUCAACAUCAAGGUCUUAACACCCGCUCAAGACCGAAAGAAGCUAACCAAUUCAGGUGGAAGCGGCAAAUCGGAGGAGGACAUCGACCCAUUUGACACAUCCAUAGCGGCAAAUCUCCAGCCGGGCCAGACUGAGCUAAAACUUCUAGAAAACGAACUAUUGCCGGAGACAAAGACUUUGGUGACUGACGUACUUGACGUGCAAAGCGACGCUCAGGAGUUGGGCUUGGGCGACAAGGUCCUCACGCCUUCGACACACUCAAGACCGUCCUUGCCCGCCCAGGAUAUAGACCCGUUUGACACUUCAAUAGCGGAGAACCUAGCGCCCGGCGAAGCGGAGAUAAAGCUGCUGGAAAGCGAGCUGAUCGAACGUUAAGAUAAGAUAUAGACGAUCUUUAAUCACAGAAAAGUAAAAGCCGAAAUCGGAAAUGGCGAAUCCCUUUUUAAUGGACGAAGACCUCGAUGGUUGCGAUGCAGCGGCCAACCCGUUUCUCAUGCAAUCUGAACCGGAACCUAGUUCGGAUAAUCCCUUUAUGGCAGCUACCGUCGCUUCGAAUCCCUUUGCCUUUGGUGCCGACGAUCUCGAGUUGGGGGCGGAGCCGGAAGCGGAGGCUACCCAUGACAACGAUCUCGACCCGGCGAUGAGUUUCUUCGGCACUACCAUUGAGGCGGAGGACGACACGUUAAGUUUGAAAUCAGGCGCUGAGGAGGAGGAUGAGGGAAAGAAACCGCCUCAGUCACAGCCACAGUUGCAAUCACACGCGCACCCGCACCCGCCCCCGCCACGACCACUGGUUCCUCCACAGAGCACCCAAGACUUAAUUAGUACGGUGUCCAGUCAGUUAGACGAAACUAGUUCGGAGCUACUAGGUCGUAUUCCCGCCACCCGAUCUCCCAGCCCGGUUUCGAUGCGGGAUCUGCACUCGCCCAGCCCCACUCCGGAUUCGGGACUAGCCGAUCUUCUGGAUGUGUCGGUGGAUAGUGGAUCGAGUGCCCAUACUCAAGGCAUUGAGGCGGACUUAAUUAGUGGUGUGGCAGGGGGAGUGCGGCUAGAUAAUCCCUUUGCAGUGCCGACAGCGGUGCCUAAUAUUCAGGCGGCAGUUCCACUGCCUGCAACACCGAUUAAACAACCCCCUCGCCCACCACCGCCUCGUCCUGCUCCCCCACGUCCCGCUCCUCCGGGUCAGGCAGCACCACAAAGACCUCCACCACCGUUGGCCGCAGUUAAUCCACCGCCAGCUGCUCCAGAAGCGGAUGACCUUUUGGAUAUGUUUGGUACUACGGCAUGUAAGCCGGCCAAGCCGCCACCACCUAAAUCCAAGGAGGACAUACUGAGUCUAUUUGAGCAACCGCAUGUACCACUAUCCCAACCAGCAUCCAAGCCGGACUUACUGCAUGACGAUCUGGACGAGACGAUUGGGGAGGGUGAACCGCCGGAACAAGAGGAGCCGGACACGGAGCAGAGCAAUGAAAUUAGCUCUCGAGAUGAACCAGUAUUUACUUCCCUUCUUAUACGACCAGAUGAAAGCACCCAUGAUAUAACAUCCCAACCACAGGCGGCUACUGGAUUGGAACGACAGGUGAAUAACAUGGCUGCACCAUCGGGAACCGCCAGCACGCAGAGGGCGACCACGCCCGAUAUUGAGAUAACCACGGUAGAGGACCUGCCGCGAUCUGAUGACGAGGAUGAGCCGGAGGCUAUGCAGGAGCCCGAAACAGAGACGAAACCACAAAUCGAACCCGAUACGGAGCCCGAGAUCGUAUCUGAACACAGCCCACCAACGGAACGCCUUGUGACUCAGGCAGCCCUCGUCGAUGGUGAGCUAAUAGCCGCCGAGCCUGAGCCGGAAGAAAUGGACACCGGUCUAGAUUUUCCGCUGGCUUCCAGCGGCCAGUUGUCCGCCAACCCCUUCGCCAGCCCCGACGAGGAGGAGCCGAACUUCGCGCCCAUGCCAGCGGCAGUUGCCAAUAUAUUUGCAGUGAACGAUCCGGACUCGCAGAUGGAGACCCCGAAAGCGCCUAGCCAUACGGCCAAUAUCUUUGCUUCCGAUCCAGACGAGUUCGACGCCUUCUCAGCCAAGUUUGACUCGGUGAAGAAGGACAACAUCAGCAUAAUGGACGGAUUUGGCGGUUCCGGAGCGAUAACGCCCACGGGCGGCGAUGCUUGGGGAGGUAGUGCUUUUGGAUCAACUACAAUCUCGGCUAAUGCCUGUGGCGACACCAAUUCGGCGGAUGAUGGAUUCGGUAACGAUGACGAUGAUUUCUAUGCAAUGCAGGCGCCUGCACGAGCGGAUUCCGUGGAAUCUGUGGACAAGGAUUUCAGCGUGGUGAUCCGCCCGAUGGCAGAGGAAACUAGUGGGGUGGCCCCCCAACUUGCGCCACCACCGCCGCCGGCGCGUGGAGUUAACCAGGCACAGACCACAUCGCUGCCUGGCUUAACCGUCAAUCCGUUCGAGGAUGUUAGUGGCUUCCCUGCUCCGGGGCUGCCACCAACCGAUGGAACCGCCAUUAAACGCACGGACUCGCAGGACACUCCACAGACACCACUCUACGACGAGGAUGUAUCACAACCGCUGGAGGAGUUCCCGAGACUCCAUUACAUUGGACCCGGAUGGGAAAUGCAACUGCGUCAGCCCAACAAGAAGAAGAUCACCGGUCAGCGCUUCUGGAAAAAAAUCGUAGUCCGACUGGUGGUGCAGAACGACGUGCCGGUGGUGCAGCUGCUUAACCAGGCGGGCGAUAAGCAACCCUUUCAAGAACUGCCCUUACAACCCUCGUAUUCUGUGUCGGAGAUCGGGGCCCAGCAGUAUGACCAGUUCGGCAAAAUUUUCACGAUGAAACUACAGUACAUAUUCUACAAGGAGAGACCCGGCGUUAGACCCGGUCAAGUGACCAAGGCGGAGCGGAUCACAAAUAAGCUGACCAAGUUUGCACAAUAUGCCAUCGCUGGCGACUACGAAGGCGUCAAGGAGUUUGGCAGCGAUCUCAAAAAACUGGGCCUGCCUGUAGAGCAUGCCCCGCAGUCAUCCCAACUCUUCAAGAUUGGCUCAAUGAACUACGAGGACAUGAAGCAGUUCUCGGUCUGCAUCGAGGAGGCAUUGUUCAAGAUUCCGGCUCUCCGAGAGCGAGCGUUGACAUACAAAAUGGAGGAGGUCCAGGUAACCGCCGUUGAUGAGAUCACUGUGGAACAGGACUUCGAGGGCAAGAUCCUCAAACAGAUUGCCCGGGUGCGACUCUUCUUUCUCGCCUUUCUUACCGGCAUGCCCACCAUCGAGUUAGGCGUAAACGAUAUGUGGCGGCAGGGAAAGGAGGUCGUUGGACGGCACGACAUCAUCCCGGUGGCCACCGAGGAGUGGAUCAGGCUGGAGGCCGUUGAGUUUCAUAGUGUUGUUAAUCAGAAGGAGUACGAGAGAACGCGCACCAUCAAAUUUCAACCACCAGACGCGAACUAUAUUGAGCUGCUCCGCUUCCGUGUGCGUCCGCCCAAGAAUCGUGAACUUCCGCUGCAGCUGAAGGCAACCUGGUGCGUUAGCGGCAACAAGGUGGAACUUCGGGCCGACAUUUUGGUGCCUGGAUUCACAUCCCGGAAAUUAGGCCAAAUCCCCUGCGAGGAUGUCUCCGUUCGCUUCCCCAUACCCGAAUGCUGGAUCUACCUGUUUCGUGUGGAGAAGCACUUCAGAUAUGGUUCGGUUAAGUCAGCUCAUCGGCGAACAGGCAAGAUCAAGGGUAUCGAGCGAAUCCUGGGUGCCGUCGACACGCUUCAGGAGUCGCUGAUCGAGGUGACCUCCGGACAGGCCAAAUACGAGCAUCAUCACCGGGCCAUUGUGUGGCGUUGUCCCCGUUUGCCCAAAGAGGGUCAAGGUGCAUACACCACACAUCAGCUGGUGUGCCGAAUGGCCCUUACAUCGUAUGAUCAGAUUCCAAGCGAGCUGGCGCCAUACGCAUUCGUGGAGUUUACUAUGCCCGCCACGCAGGUCUCCCAUACCACCGUGCGCUCGGUGAGUGUCCAGGAUUCGGAUGGCGAUGAACCGCCAGAGAAGUACGUCCGCUAUUUGGCACGGCACGAGUACAAGGUUGGCAUCGAGACCACGCACGGCGAGUCCACGAAUGCGUAUUUGGCGGCAACGCGUCCUAUUCGCGAGGAGCCGCCCACCACAGCAACCAAGCCAACUGCUUCCCCGGUUGCGCCCAGCGAUUCGGACACGGACUCUAACUAAGUUGGCUAGGUGCUGCGUUCCGUUGCCACAGUACUUCACAAUUUCAGGUGAAUGGAAAGGCAUGCAAUCAAGCGGAUUUUUGUAGAUAUUCCUCGUGUAUGGUUUUCCUUAUCGUUCUUGUUAUAUACAUACAUAUUAUAUAAUACGGUGUUAAGUACAGCAAUUGAAAAAGCAGACGAAGGAGAACAGUGACGAAACGGUCAUCGCUCUGUAAAAAGCCAAAUGAACGAAGCCCAGAAGGAGCUAAUGGAUCUGUGGACCCGUCAGAGGACUUAUCAAAGGCAUCUUGGCCUAUAAUCUAUAAACCAUAUGCCACAGCCAUUGUCACAUGACCUAAAAAAUUUAAACUUCGUUACUUGUAGACAUAUGAUUACGUUAAUGUUAAUUGAUAUCAGACCAGAAUCGUACUUAAAGUCAACUCAUCAUAUGCAUAGUGGUUAUAAUCCCAAUACACACAAACUCAUACAAGCGAGCAAAGAAGAACAUAAACGAAGAAAAAUUUAAAGCAAUUUCCCUCAUAGCGUUCUAAUUAAUAAAAACCGAGCAUCUACCUUAAAAAGAUAAUACAUCGCUGGCUCCAGUUUUCCACUUCACAUGAUGUUAACAUUAGCAUUAACGUGUAAGUUUAUGGCGAAGGCUGCAAGCAUAUAUUAAUCAACACUGGAGUGAGCUGCCAGCCUCAAAAGACGUUAGCCUACCCUGGAACGAGCUGCCAGCUUUACAAAGUUAACCAACACUGGUCACCAUGCAUAUGUGGUAUGUGAAACUUGAAACUAUUCAUAGCCAUCAUAUACACUUAAGUUUAUGUAUACCAUUAAUUUCAUAAAUUUAGAAAUGAAUUGAAAACUACAAACAAAAGCAAAACGAAAAUGCUUAUUUAAAUGUUAUUGUUGUGAAUUAAAUUAAAGUAGAUUCAAAAUAAACUACGAAGUAAUGGGAAACAAUAUAGGCAAAUCAUCUUUGUUGACGCAGAAAGUCUAUAAGAAACCAAAAAUCUAUAUAUACAUAUAUAUAUAUAACUUAAAUAAAUAUUUGCCAUACAUAUUGUUUUGUUGCUUGAGUUAUCAAAAAAAAAAUUUAAUACAAAUAGAUUUGUAAAUUACGUGUUAAAUAAAUAUACUCUUCAUCCCAGACUAACAACUUCCGAAAAGGCUUGCAUUUUUUGGUCCUCUUCAAACAGCUCUACUACGAACUCUUAAAACGGCUCAUAACGGAUUCAUUAACACAAAUAGAGAAAUGUGUAUAUUGUACCCCUAAGAAAUGAUUAUUUAUUCAUGUAUUAUGUAUGUUACAUUAUUUACGUUUAAUUCUACAUAUAUUAUAUCGGAUAAAGCAUAUAUAUUGUAUGUACAAUAAAAAGGAAGAAAAUCUAUGCAAGCAAACCGGUCGGCUGGCGAAUGCUCUAACAUGUUAUAUUUAUAUAAUAAUUAUACAAGUCUCGACGAUCCCGACGGUCCCGACGUCAUAUAUGCCCCGAUGUGUGUUCUAAUGUGGGCAUAUACUGCGCUGGAAUUUGUUGCUAUUAUACAAAUAUACAAAUUUGUGACGCAAGCUAAAAGGUAUUAACCAAUAACCUAAUUACAAUAUAAUCAAUUAUUACGAAGUGAGCAAAAACGCAUUAUGAUGGAACAAUAUCUAGUCAAAUGAGAAAAUAAAAAUUAAAACAACAAAUAUUAAGCAAUGC